GGCAACAGAGUGCAAUUGGAAGAGUGAGAAUAAACGCUAAAACCUCUCUUUCCAGAAACAAUGCUGGCGGCGAUUCGGAGAUUCAACACAGUGCCACAACAAACUGCACGUCUCACCAGAUUCUCUCUCCAUGCCCCAAAACACGUAGAAGUGGAAUUUGCCAAUGGAAGACUGUUCAUCUUAUCAGCUGAAUUUCUCAGAAUUAAUAGUCCUGCAGUUGAUGGCAAAAUUAGGUCAAUUGGAGGUGAAAAGGUGAUAUCUGGGAGGCGCCAUGUGGGAAUCAUGUCUGCAGAACCAGUAGGAAACUAUGGGGUGAGACUCAAUUUUGAUGACUUGCAUAAGACCGGUAUUUAUUCUUGGGAUUAUUUCUAUCAUCUAGGAAGCAACAAGUUUUCGCUUAUGAGAAAUUACAUUAAAACAUUGAAGAAAUAUGGGCUCAGUCGGGAUCCGCGUGGAAGGAAAUGAUUCAGAUUUCAGUUUAAUCACUCAAAUACAAUUUUGAGAUUUGGUGGCAGUUAUCAUUUAUCAACAUGACACUGAUAGCUUCACAUUUGUUGAAAGUGAAACAUGUAAUGAUGGUUUUGUGUUGAAUGAAAUGUGAAUUAUGGUCAUCAAUGC